GCGGGGGAUUGGGGUGCUUUUAACAUCGCGUAGGUCACACAUGCCAACGUUGCCGGUCAUCGCUUACGCGGUAGCAUGAAAGGCGACGCUUCAAAAACACCAAUGUCAUUACAUGGAGUGAUUCUUAGCCGUAUAGUGGGUCCCCCUUUCUCUCGAGGAGGUUUGAAGGCGAGCAUUUUGAGUGACUGCACACCCAACCCGUAUCCCCCCCCACACACCCCCCUUGAGAGUUGGUGAGGUUUCCACGUUGAGUUGUGCUGCGGGCAAAGUCCAAAGAAUAGUGGUGCCUCCUUAAGGCAGCGUUGAAGGUUAUGGGGCAUGUGAUAAUGCAGUCAUAAAGCCGGUACAGUACUGUAUUUUCCCCGCUGCUGAUGCUGCUGUUGUUGAAACGCUAGAGUGAAUCUCACACACACACACCAUAUGGCUGCUUGAGCAACUGUGGUGAGGGCUUUUUUUGGGGCUCCCAGGAGGGAAACAUCAAUGUGGACCUCUCCGUGGUCACUUUUAAAUUUGGAGCAUCAUCACAGAAGGGUCCAUCCAGGCUGUAGACGCCCGUGAUUGACACUUAAGACUGCCCUCUUGUGCCCCUUAUUAAUCUUGAAUUGCACUCUGUAGUAUAAUGUUUUAAUAACAUAUAGUACUAUACACUUUAUUAAUAAACAGAUCGGUGAAAGGCCUCCCCAUAACAUCCUGGUGAAGGGUCGGGAGGGGACCCAGAACUGGUUCAGAUACGAUUUGCCACUGACUUUAGCCAUGGCUGGAAAUCAAACUCAGGUUGAUGGGUUAGGAGCAAAGUGUGCAACCACUGUGACCUUUGAGAGUCAGGUUUACUAGUUUAUAUGCCAAAGGGAAAGAUUAGGAAACUAUUCAGCCAAUAAUGCCUUUCAAGGUCAGUAUGUUCUGCUUCCAGGUGUACACCACAAGAAACCACCAAUGGGUUUUUGCUCUUAGCAGUCAUCAUAAAGCAAGCCAUUGCUGGUAAUACAAAUUCCAUAGCAUGUGGCGAUGCCUGGAUGCCACAGGCAAGAGGCAACAUGAACUCUGCAGCCCACAUUGGUAAGAAACAGGUUAUAGGAAGAGUGCGGCAGCUAUUUACAAAUAUUGUACACAUUAAUGCCAACCCAACCUUAAUAUAAACCCACUUUAGACUAUGUUUAGGUGAUGUAGAGGUACAUGUACAGCCCUUUUGGUGAUCCACUUCUAAAUGAGGGCCUUCCUAUGUUGUCCGGGUCGUGGGGGUUCUGACCAAACUUCACCCUGUUGGUGAAGGCCCAGGGACAUAAUGUGUUGGCAUAGCAGUACAGCCCACAAUGUAGCCCCAGAGCCUAUAACACUUGUUAUGCAUGGUGGUCGCCCAUACAAGCACGAUCAAGGCUCAGAUCUGCUUAGUUUCCACGAAUUGAUGAGAUCGGGGCUUUUCAGGUAAUUUUGGUCGUAUAAUUACAUUAAUAAUUGCAGUUUAAUGCUACAGGUUCAGCCCUUAGCUGGACCCUUUCGGCAAACCCCUUACAUGAACGAUUAGAACCAACUGCUGAUCGUAUUGCUAUUAUUAAAAGCAGCAUCAACCAGAGGGCUGGUAGGUUAUUUCCAUUGAUCCCCCAUUCGAGCGGAUGCAAAGAUUGUUUAAUUGAUAAUAUCUCUUGGUAACCUGUUGGCAAGUUUUGUGGUUGACUGCUACAAUGCCAAGCUAUUUUAGUAGUGCAAUAUACAGUGCUUUUAGCUUACCCAACAGCAUUGUCAGUGCUGUUUAUUUUACGUCACCCAGUCAUUGUCACUUAAUGGUAAUAAUUAUAUUACUUGUUGGACAUUCUUGGGUAAAAUUCCUCCAUUGUUAAUCAUGACCACUGGAUAUUAUACUUCCAAGUGACGUAUGCUGCCAAAGCCCACUUCAUUUUUUCGUGUAAAUUUGGUGUCUGUAAACAUACGUAUUAUGUUUAAUCCAUCAUACACAUUUUUUCCUCCUUGCUUCGAUUUACACACUUUUGGGCUUAUUCCAUAAACUCAAUAUCAAUGUCCAAGUUCAAGUCCAUAUAUCACGGCAUGGUAAUAAUACUGUACCUGUAUUACAGUUCUUUAGAUCGCUUGCUUUUCACUAUUAAUGUCAGUUUUCCAAAAUAAAUCUGGUUUGUUGGCUUAGGAGAAUGAGUGGAUUUCAGUCUGAAGGUUUCGAGUUCAAAUCCUGGUUGGGGGUUGACUCAGCCCAUCAUCCCUCUGGGGUCGAUAAAAUGAAUGCCACUUUGCUGGGAAGUCAAGAGUGGUUGUCCUAUGGCUAGACUUGCCCCCUGCCAUAAGAAUGGGGAAUUUCCAUCACUGGCUCAGGUUUGUGAAAAGGACAUGAACACCGUCUCAAUGGUCAUUGAGCAGGAAAUCACUGACCUUUGAAUAUUCUCUCUAUAUGUCAUGUUUUUAGCAUCUAAAACGUGUACAUAAGGGUCCAAAGCUCUUAUACAUUUGUUUGGGACCAUCCAGAGGUUGUAAUGCAAUUACUGUAAUUUCAAUAAUUGAUUUUUGUCAUGUUUUUACUUUUUGUUUUGUGGGAGUUUUCUUGACCAUACUUCAUGGUGGUCAGUGUGGAUUGGUGAAGAUGGGUAUCCAGGAAUUAUUUAGGUACCACUCGCCACUGAUGUUAGCUGUGACUUGAAAUUUAACUUGGGUUGCCGGUUUCAUCGGGCAGUGUGUUACCCACUGCACCACUGCUCUCCCGCUCACGUCACAGCAUAUUAUUAUCAUCAUCAGACAUUGUCAAUCCACUGCUGGAUGAAGGCCUUCCCAACCCACCACCAUAUAUUGCGAUCCUGUGAUGGAAUAAUCCACGAGCUAUUUUCAUUGCCCCAUAUCCUUGGCGGACAUCCUCUCAAAUGUAUUCCAUUCGUUGGCUGCCACUCAUUCAUUCUUCACUAUCGGCCAUCAUCCCUUCUCGCACCAUGUACUGCCCAAACCAACUAACAUUUCUUAACAAUUUCAAUUAUCUUUAAAACUGCGUAUGACCUCUAAUCCAAAUGUUUCUUGUUAUGUCUCUCAGCGUUCUUCCAAGUAUGCUUCUAUGUGCACUUUUAUUUUUUUGUUCCAUUUUUUUGUGGUUAUGACCAUGUUUCUGAGCCAUAUGUGUCAUAGGACAUUGUACGCCGUGAAUAAAAACUUUCUUCGUUCGGGACGUUGGUAUGUUCCUUUUCAUUUUCAAAUUCAGCUUCCCAACAAGCACUAAAACCUGCACUCUGUACGCCUUAUUAUUUCAUCAUCACUAUAUACCAUGCUAAGGUGAUUAUUAUUAGAUUUUUAUAGUUCUCGAUGCCAGUAACAUUUUGUUGCUCUAGGAUUUUGCAUAAGCCUUACCAGAUGUCUCACUGGCUGAAUGGAGAUAUAUUACAUAAACUGUAAUCGGCUUCAUUAUUGGAUAAUUUAAAUUGAUUUUAAGAAUUUAUAUAUACUGUAUUUGAAUACACUUUGUACUCUGCCCUUGGACCUAUUUUUGGAAAAGGAUAUACAGAAGGUGGAGGUACUGAAACCAGAUGCAAUUUUUCUUGCGUUGAGUAAUAGGAAGCGGGAAUUGAAAGUGUGCGGCUGCUCCUGCACUGUGGUUUAGGGUAGUUGGGGUUAAUUUCACAUUAAUUUCCAGUAAAGUCUCUGUUAAAUUGUAGUUCCGAGAUCAUUCCUAUGUUGGAUUUCCAAUUAUCAACCUAAAAAAUGCACUUCCAUCUUAGGUUACAUUUGUGUGUAUGUAUGCUGAACUUCUUUCCCACCGUACGAAGCCAACCGUGCUAAUCGGUGUACAACAUUUGUUGUACUUAAAGAUACUUCUUCUACAGUAUUGCAAAGCAAAUAAAAGUGAUUUUACACGCUCAGAACUUAAAACAGCCACAGCAUCCUGUAUGAAGCUCUGUGAUGUUUUUACAUUACUUUGUCAUUUUCUGACGACACGUGGUUAAAUGUACAUUUGAUUAAUUUAAUUAUGUGGAGUGCCAAGGCAGUUUCCAUGAGGGAAUGUUAUAAGGUGUUUUACAAUGCAUUGAUUAAUCAAUUAAAAUUGAUUAUUACAUUAACAAUACAUGCAAUAAAUCAGAUAUGUAAAAAUAAGUUAUUUUUGAUUCAAGUAUGCUGAAUUAAAUUGGUUUACAUCGCCCCCGCAGCCACACCAGAGACACUACCAUCGUAGAUUGCCACUUAUUUUCUUGGGUGCGCUGCCUCAUCUAUUUUGAUUAGGGUAGUUCCACUUGACAACUUAAUGGGUUUGUUCACAAAUACUCCUACCUCCGCCCACACGCAAUAAAAAAAGAACUGAGACAAAUUACUUGAAGCAAUUUGUCAUUUUUAUUCAUAAUAUAACUCGAAGAUGCAUGUUUAUACCAAACAGUGCGAGUGUGAAUCGGUGUAAAACGUUAAAUUGUAGACCGGGAAGAGCCCAUUGUGCCUGUAUUGUGUUGAAAUAAAAGUAGUUUGAUUGCGAGAAAAGCUAAUUAAUUGACGUGGCGGUGGUGCUGUUACCGGGAUCACCCUGAAAAUAUGUUUUUACAAUAAAACUCAAGUUUCCUGCAGGGUGAUAUUUUUUAAUUGUGGAAAAAAAUAAUGUCCUCACUGGGGCUGUAAGAGGGCAGCCACGUGAGCACAGUGCCAGGAGGAAGUGUGGCCACACCGCAUCUGCCCUUAAAAGGGCCGAUCGCCCCUCUCAGGGAAGCCCCAGUGGCUGAUGGGAAAUGUGGUGAGAACCAUGCGUGUUUCGCCCGAUUUCCCCCUUUUUGCUGCUGCACGACGGUGUGCCGAUAAAACUCGUCACCUCUUGGCGAAAAGGUUAUCCGAGUGGUCAUUGAGCAAAUUGUUCAAUUCGAAUGAGCCCGAAGCGUUGAACAGGACCUCCACAUUUUUAAGCAUUCGGGUGAUCGCAAUAUGGGCAACUUACUUAAAGUACUGACGUGCACUGACCUGGAACAGGGACCAAACUUCUUCCUCGACUUUGAAAAUGCACAGCCGACUGACAAUGAGCAGCAGACUUGGAUGUCGGUGGGGUCGGUGCUGCAGGGCACACGGAGCGUGCUGUCUGAGCUGCAGGAGUACUGCGGCGCUGGCAACGAGAUACGAGAGGCGAUUUCCAACCCUGGGAAUGAGAUCUUCCAGGAGAAGGCGUGGAACGCCGUGUGCCCCCUCGUAUCCAAACUCAAACGCUUCUUCGAGUUCUCCCAGCGCCUCGACCGCGCUCUGCAGAGCCUCCUGGUGGCGCUCACUUGCCCGCCGCUCACGUCCAUGCAGCAUCUGGAGCGGGAGCAGGCACUCGCUAAGCAGUUUGCAGAGAUCCUGCACUUCACACUGCAGUUCGACGAGCUCAAGAUGACCAACCCGGCCAUACAGAACGACUUCAGCUACUACAGACGGACGCUGAGCCGCAUGCGCAUCAACAACAUGGGUUCCGAUGUGGAGAUGGAGGUGAAUAACGAGAUGGCGAACCGCAUGUCCCUGUUCUACGCGGAAGCCACGCCAAUGCUGAAAACGCUGAGCGAUGGCACCACACGGUUUGUGCAGGAGCACAAGUCACUUCCCCUGGAAAAUACGACAGACUGCUUAAGCACCAUGGCCAGGGUGUGCAAAGUCAUGCUGGAGACACCGGAGUACAGGAAGCGCUUUGCGAGCGAAGAGACGGUGUUUUUCUGUUUGCGCGUUAUGGUGGGCGUCAUCAUACUCUACGACCACGUGCACCCUGUGGGCGCCUUCGCCAAAUCUUCCAAAAUCGACAUGAAAGGCUGCAUCAAGGUGUUAAAGGACCAGCCAGCCAAUAGCGUGGAGGGUCUGCUGAACGCGCUCAGGUACAACACCAAGCAUUUAAAUGAAGAGACCACCUCCAAGCAGAUUAAGGCUAUGCUGCAGCAGUGAGAGCGUGAGCCCCGAACCGGGCGUCUCGGACGCGCUGCCGCGUGACAUCGCUGCCAUUGUCUUUCUAGCCGGCAGGUCCAUCUCUUUGUCUCGCCGUCGGCUCUCGUUAACACGUACGCGCUUCGCUGUGCGUACAGGUUGUUGCAAAACGUGCGCCGCACUAUUUAAAUGUCACCAAGAGGUACUCGUCGAAGUGUUUUUAUUUUAUUAUUUUGUUCCAUCAGUGUGAUUAUCAGUGUGGACCUGUACUCCAACCAAAUGAUAAAAUUGUACUGUCCUAGGUUUUACAAACUUUGCAUGGCAAUUGUAACACAGUCGAUGGAAUUGUAGGGUUUGAGAGCAGUUUGGAGUUGAUUCUAAUAGCCAUGAUUUGGAAGACUUGGGCUAAGGAAACAAUUUGCUGAUUGUGUUGAGAGUUCGUUUUAUUCAUAGCAUGAUAGUGGAUUUCUUUGUAUGUGUAUAUAUUUGUUAGCAUUUAAUUCCAAGUACAUACCAGCAAGAAUUUGUCCAUUUGCACUUGUAUAUAAGAAUGCUGCCUCUUACCAAAGUGACCCUUUUUUAAAUGCUAUUGCAUACAUAUAUAACUGAUGAGCUAAUUUGCGCCUGCGACAAGGUUUUUUUUAACAAUGUGAUGCUCUUAAGAGCUUUUGCUUGCCGACCAUGCCAAAUUGAAUGCAUCUUCAAUAACGAACGUUAAUAGAGUCUGCGACAUGCUUCAUUAAUGACCGAAGAAUUUUAUUGCGAUGGAUACGCUAAAAUACUUUUUGGGGUGACCUUGGGAGAACAAUCUCAAUUAAGGCCACCUGGUGGCAGCUGAUGAGAAUUAAACGGUGCGUUUCAGGAAUUGUUUUUUUUUAUCGGGCAACAAGAAUCAUGGUUGUAUCACAAAGCUAAUAUCAAGGUUAGUGUUGGCCCAUAUUUAAAACGUAAGGGUGCAGGUUACAAUAUUAUAUCUGCUGGCUAAAAAAUUAUAUUAUUUUUUUAUAAACAUUUCUGUCUUAUCCUAGUUGACCCUAAGCUUGAAUGGUCAAAAGAGCCAACAUCAGCUCCCGUAAUUAAUGUUAAGUAUUCAUGGCAAUGGCUGAUUCAGUUUUUUCAAAGUAUGCUCGUGAUUUAAAUGCAAUCUCAUAUUUUCCAUCUGGAGACGUCAAUCAUCUCAGCGUGUUAUGCUUUUGGUGUUAAAGAGUGGUAAAUUAAAAAAAA